AUGAAACUUUUACUUUCCAUUGAGAAACUGUGCAGGCAGCUUCCAAUGAUCCUGUUCCUGCUCUUUGCCCUGGCCUUGAUGCCAGCCAAAGCCAGUCCGGAUGAAGCAAAACAGUCCGUUGCAUCCGUAUCCGUAGCGCAUUCGAGUUACUGCCAGCGAUUUGACGAAGAAAUCAAAGUCUCGAGGCCACUAUGUGAGCAGGAUACCAUAAUUCCGCUCAUGGUGAAGCGCUGCUACUUCAGCUGCACGUCAGCCAAUCGUCUGAGCGUCACUAGAUGCAGGUCCCAACUGGCAGGAAGUAUUAUAUACCCCAGGUGCGACGAUAUCUUCUGCCAAGCCACCGGAUCAGGUACAACAUCCAUUCCGACUGCUAGACCGCCACUCACGACCCUGACCACUUUACCAAAGACAACUGCGACCACGCCGAUCACAACCGAGUCUCAAACCUCCACUGAGUCACCUUCCUCGACAACCAGUUCUGAAACUUGCAUCACAGUAUCGUCAGAGGGAACAACAACUUCUUCAGAUUCUACAGAUUCCUCUGAAAGUACAACAACUCCUUCAGGAUCUUCUGAUAGCUCAACAUCUACCUCAGAAUCAUCUGAUAGCACAUCCUCCACUUCGGAAUCUCCUGAUAGCUCAACAUCUACUUCAGAAUCUCCUGAUACCUCAACAUCUACUUCAGAAUCUUCUGAUAGCUCAACAUCUACUUCAGAAUCUUCUGAUAGCUCAACGUCUAUUUCAGAAUCUUCUGAUAGCUCAACAUCUACCUUGGAAUCUUCUGAUAGCUCAACAUCUACUUCAGAAUCUCCUGAUACCUCAACAUCUACUUCAGAAUCUCCUGAUAGGUCAACAUCUACUUCAGAAUCUUCUGAUAGCACAUCCUCCACUUCGGAAUCUUCUGAUAGCUCAACAUCUACGUCAGAAUCUUCUGAUAGCUCAACAUCUACUUCAGAAUCUUCUGAUAGCUCAACAUCUACCUCAGAAUCAUCUGAUAGCACAUCCUCCACUUCGGAAUCUCCUGAUAGCUCAACCUCUACUUCAGAAUCUUCUGAUAGCACAUCCUCCACUUCGGAAUCUUCUGAUAGCUCAACAUCUACGUCAGAAUCUUCUGAUAGCUCAACAUCUACUUCAGAAUCUUCUGAUAGCUCAACAUCUACCUCGGAAUCUUCUGAUAGCUCAACAUCCACCUCGGAAUCUUCUGAGAGCUCAACAUCUACUUCAGAAUCUUCUGAUAGCUCAACAUCUACCUCAGAAUCAUCUGAUAGCACAUCCUCCACUUCGGAAUCUCCUGAUAGCUCAACCUCUACUUCAGAAUCUUCUGAUAGCACAUCCUCCACUUCGGAAUCUUCUGAUAGCUCAACAUCUACGUCAGAAUCUUCUGAUAGCUCAACAUCUACUUCAGAAUCUCCUGAUAGCUCAACAUCUACUUCAGAAUCUCCUGAUAGCUCAAUAUCUACCUCGGAAUCUUCUGAUAGCUCAACAUCUACCUUGGAAUCUUCGGAUAGCACAAUAUCUACUUCAGAAUCUUCUGAUAGCUCAACAUCUACUUCAGAAUCUCCUGAUAGCUCAACAUCUACUUCAGAAUCUCCUGAUAGCUCAACAUCUACCUCGGAAUCUUCUGAUAGCUCAACAUCUACUUCAGAAUCUUCUGAGAGCUCAACAUCUACUUCAGAAUCUCCUGAUAGCUCAACAUCUACCUCGGAAUCUUCUGAUAGCUCAACAUCUACUUCAGAAUCUCCUGAUAGCUCAACAUCUACUUCAGAAUCUCCUGAUAGCUCAACAUCUACCUCGGAAUCUUCUGAUAGCUCAACAUCUACUUCAGAAUCUCCUGAUAGCUCAACAUCUACUUCAGAAUCUCCUGAUAGCUCAACAUCUACCUCGGAAUCUUCUGAUAGCUCAACAUCUACUUCAGAAUCUUCUGAGAGCUCAACAUCUACUUUAGAAUCUUCUGAUAGCACAUCCUCCACUUCGGAAUCUUCUGAUAGCUCAACAUCUACUUCAGAAUCUUCUGAUAGCUCAACAUCUACUUCAGAAUCUCCUGAUAGCUCAACAUCUACCUCGGAAUCUUCUGAUAGCUCAACAUCUACUUCAGAAUCUUCUGAGAGCUCACCAUCUACUUCAGAAUCUCCUGAUAGCUCAACAUCUACCUCGGAAUCUUCUGAUAGCUCAACAUCUACUUCAGAAUCUUCUGAUAGCUCAACAUCUACUUCAGAAUCUUCUGAUAGCUCAACAUCUACCUCGGAAUCUUCUGAUAGCUCAACAUCCACCUCGGAAUCUUCUGAUAGCUCAACAUCUACUUCAGAAUCUCUUGAUAGCUCAACAUCUACCUCGGAAUCUUCUGAUAGCUCAACAUCUACUUCAGAAUCUCCCGAUAGCUCAACAUCUACUUCAGAAUCUUCUGAUAGCUCAACAUCUACUUCAGAAUCUUCUGAUAGCUCAACAUCUACGUCAGAAUCUUCUGAUAGCUCAACGUCUACCUCCGAAUCUUCUGAUAGCUCAACGUCUACCUCGGAAUCUUCUGAUAGCACAUCCUCCACUUCGGAAUCUUCUGAUAGCUCAACAUCUACUUCAGAAUCUUCUGAGAGCUCAACAUCUACUUUAGAAUCUUCUGAUAGCACAUCCUCCACUUCGGAAUCUUCUGAUAGCUCAACAUCUACGUCAGAAUCUUCUGAUAGCUCAACAUCUACUUCAGAAUCUCUUGAUAGCUCAACAUCUACCUCGGAAUCUUCUGAGAGCUCAACAUCUACUUCAGAAUCUUCUGAUAGCUCAACGUCUACCUCGGAAUCUUCUGAUAGCUCAACAUCUACUUCAGAAUCUUCUGAUAGCUCAACGUCUACCUCGGAAUCUUCUGAUAGCUCAACAUCAACUUCAGAAUCUCCUGAUAGCUCAACAUCUUCGUCGGAAGUCACUACGGUGCCGGGUGACUCAACAUCACGCAUAACUGAGGAUUCAACGUCGACCACUGAGGAGACAACAGUAUUGACUACAAUCAUUGGACCUUCUUCGGUUCAGGCGGACAGUUCAAGCACUUCGACAUGGACAACGACUGAAUCAGGCCGAACGCCGUACUGUAGAAUAGUUUGCGACUGAAAUACGAUUUCGACUUUGAUUUUUUUUUUACAGAUUCCAAACGGAAUAUCAACGACGAAGAGUAACUUUGUUACGAGUAUCGGGCUAAGCGUACUAUAUAAUCUUAGCUGUGUAUAAAUAUUGUAUUAUAUAUUACUAGGUGAUGGGACACAAAUAAAAUAAUCUACAAGCUGCAAUAUUUUAAGUUAUUAUAAGAAAUAAUUGUUGUUUACAAGCUUGCAAGUUGUUGAAUAUUUUA